GCAACAAGGACUCACCCGAGUCACCCCAACUUUCACCCUCCUCCCUUAUCUCUCCGCUGAACCCUAGUGAACCCUAGUGAAGUUUAAAUCCACAGCAUGAUUCAAAAUGCCAAACGAAAAUAGGGGGCUCCUCCUACCUCUUGAUUGCUUUCGUAUCAGCUAUCAGUAUGAGUUCGUGGCUUGGGAGAAGACUGGCCAAUCAUAGCUCAGGCAUAUAUCUUCUUGCUGUAUAUAACUACAUUCCCGGUGGCAUGAGGUGUAUCAUGACCAGACAUUGAAGUCCAUCGCCUCACUCCUCAAAUUCCACCUCCUUGUCGAGACAGUAAGCAACCUCUCGAGCGGACAGGAACUUUUCCUCCUCCAUCUCACAGAAGACAAACAUGGAGUCCUCUCGCCCCGACUCUGCUUCGGCUACUAGCCAUGAACAGCAGAAAGAUAUCAAGUCAACUGAUCUCGGGGUCAUCAACUCAGUCGUUCCUGGGGAGAUGAACGAUGUCAACCGCAUGCCUGCGUCACUUCGCGAGCUAAGUUCCGAGGAACUGGCCCGCCUCAACAAGAAACUCGUCCGCAAGAUGGAUUUGGUCAUCUUGCCUAUCAUCGGCAUUCUGUAUAUCCUCAACUAUAUUGAUCGUCAGAAUUUGUCGGCCGCCAAGUUGCAAGGCAUCACCGACGACCUUCACAUGAGCACCCAGCAAUUCGCGACUUCCAUUUCUAUCCUCUUCGUUGGUUAUUUGCCAUUUCAGAUCCCGUCCAAUCUUCUCAUCACCAGGAUCCCUCGACCUGGAAUGUAUAUCUGUACUGCGACAGUCAUUUGGGGAGGUAUUUCGGGUGCAACGGCAGCUGUUCAGACUUACGCUCAACUACUCGCGGUUCGCGUCAUCCUUGGAAUCGUGGAAGCAGUCUUCUUUCCUGGUGCUGUAUACUUCUUGUCAACUUGGUACACUAAAGGAGAACUUGGCAAGCGUCUCGCCGGCCUCUACAUUGCGCAGCAAGUCGGUAAUGCCUUCGGUGGCCUCUUUGCAGCUGCAAUCUUCCAGCUCGACGGUACACAUGGUAUUGCUGGCUGGCGAUGGCUUUUCAUCGUUGAAGGUUGUGCCACAGUUGGAAUCGGAUCGAUCUGCAUCUUCUUCAUGCCUGAAUACCCACACAACGCUCGCAUGCUGAACCAAUUUGAGCGAGAUCUUGCUGUGUGGCGAAUCGAAUCUGAGGCAGGCGCAGCUGAGGGGACGGAGAGCGAGGUCAGCGUGUUGAAAUCCUUCACGCAGGCUCUUGCGGAUCCUAAGCUGCUCAUGCUUAUCUUCUGUAACAUGAUGUCCCAGGCUCAGGGUUCAAUCGCCAACUACUUCCCCACCCUCGUCAAAUCUCUUGGAUACAGCGGAACUGUCUCGCUAUUAUUGACAGCGCCACCAUAUAUCCUCGCUGGCUUUGUGUACUAUGGUCUCACCUUUUACUCAGAUCGUAAGAACACCGUGUACCCAAUUAUCAUGUGCUGUAUCGGGAUCGCGAGUACCAUGUACAUUAUUCCGAUGGCUACGACAAACAUCGGCGCUCGGUACUUCUCUAUGAUGGUCCUACCCUUCUCCUCAGUCGGACCUCAAAUCCUCCUUUACAAGACUAUCAACUUGCACUUGGCACGUCCGACAGCCAAGAGAGCGGCUGCGACUGCUCUGGUCAACUGUAUCGGUGGGACAGCCAAUAUCUGGGCCUCUUAUCUGUAUUAUGCCCCCCCUCAGUUUUUCGCAGCAAUGGGUACGCUCAUGGGUUGUGCUUUCCUGUUCGCUUGUAUGAUUACCUUUUACCGCUGGUUCGUCCUGCGUGAGAACCGGCGCUUGGAUUCUAAGGACCCUACUCAGAUCGCAAAGGUCAUGAAGGGAGGUGUGACCCAGGAGAUGGUAGAUCUGGGCUGGCGUUAUGAAAUGUAUUGAUGAGUUGUUUGGUUGUGGUGUCAGGGUUUCCGAGGGUUUCAUGGAACCGUGAUAUGCCGCAUUCGAAGAGGAAAAGUCAUAGCUAUAUACUGUUUAAUGAUAGAGAUAGCACGUGUAAAGAAUAAAUA